UUUUUUCGAAAAAAACAAAAAACAACAAACUAAAAUCAAUUGUGGAACAAAAAAUCUAAAAAGGAUACAAGCAUUCGGAUACCAUUUUAAAUGUCAUAUCAGAGUUAUUUGUUAUGGCAACGAAUUUAAUAACAAAAGCGUCGCGAAACAUAACUAAUUAUGAUAAGACGAAUAUAAAUACAUCGACUUCUGUGAUUUUUAAAGUAGAAGGCUGUCUUGUCGUUACUGUUAAUAUGACACUUAUAUUCAUGAUUUUACAUGUUAAAAAGUUACGGAAGAAAUUUAAUAAUAUAUUUUUAGUAAAUCUUUUAUUAUGUCAUGCAGUUGUUGGCGUUAUAGCUAUCUGUUUGUUUGAAGAUGAUCUGGUCAAAACUGUUCUAAACGUGCAGCAUUUGUCAGCAGUGGUGACAAUGCUAAGCUGUUUGAGUAACGUACCAGUAACUGCCGAUCGAUUUGUAGCAACUAAUUGGCCUUACUUUUAUCCAAAACUCACUAGAAGAAAAUCCAUCUUUUUUUGCGUGUUAACUUGGAUUUUAACAGUAAUUCUGACAGCUAUUACCCUCCAGAAAGGCCUUCAAAAAAAGGUUUUGGACAUAGUAACCGUUAGCUUUAUUGCUGUUAUGGUAAUUAUCCUGAUUCUUGCAAAUGCAUUCAUAUACAACGUUGUCCAUAAGCAGAUUGUGGAAAUAAAGAAAACUUGCGUUAAGAAUAAUACAUACAUGAGAGAGGAUAGCAAAGGUGUUAUAGACACACAACAUGGAUUGGAUAGUAAUGAUGAGCACAAUAGAAAAGAUUACCAGCAAAACUCCAACACAGCACGCUUACAGGCUAAGCAAGUACGAGCCGCACAAAUCUGCGCCGGCGUUGUCACCUCCUAUUGCAUUCUGUGGUUACCUCUUAUGAUACACGACUUCCUGAAAAUGUUUCGAAUCGGUUCCAGUUUUGUUUAUCCUGGUAGCAUCUAUCCCACAAUAGCAUUGUUUCUGUCUCUUUCAAAUUCCUUAGUCGAUCCUAUUAUUUACAUUUUGUUGAAUAGAGAAUUAAAAACAGAAUGGAAAAAACGAUUUGUGAAUUGGAAAAGGAGAAGAUUGUCAUCAAGGACUUACAAUUCAAAACAAUAGUACUCCAGUUGUAGAAAAAAUCGCAAAAUUCUAUGCUUGCGUCCAAAAAGUCCAGAAAAAAACCUUAGCACAAAAGAACAUUAAAAUUAAAUAUCAUUGCUAUUAUCGUAUGUACAUCAAAUUUGAACUAUACUUCGAUAGAUUUUAAAUGCCGAAUUGCAGGUGCAACAAUGCGGUAUCACCAGUGAAUAUAUUAUUUGACUGCAUAGUUGUAUGAAAGAAAACAAAAAAUCUUAUGUAUAUGAAUAAAUGUUUACCAUUUGGUAUUGGAAGUGACAUCUAUCAGAGAGAGUAGAAAAUUCAAACCUGGGCAGGAUUUGAACCAACAACUAUUGAGUUAGCUUCCCACUGCUCUGCUAACUGAGCUUUGUUAGUGAAAUAGCUUUGCAAUUGUUUUUUUUACUACAUAAUUGAGACCCGUUGCUGGUUAAAGCCCACUAAGACAAGCCUAUACUUCCACCAAUCAAGGCCACCUACCAAUUCGUGUGUUUCUUACUUACUUGAGCCCAUAUUUACCUAUCUAAAAUAGUGCAUUAAUUCAAGUUUUGAAAUUCACUAACGAAUAUGUACCAAGGGACGCACUUUAACGUAAAUUAUGUCGUACGAAAUAAAAACA